AUGGUCUGGAGCCAAGGCCAGAACAUGUCCACGCAGGGGCCCUUCAUCCUUUUGGGUUUCCCGGGGCCCAAGAGCCUGCGUGUGGGGCUCUUCUUGCUCUUCCUGGUCAUGUACCUGCUCACUGUGGCUGGGAAUCUGGCCAUCAUCUCCCUGGUCCUGGCCCACCGCCGCCUCCAGACACCCAUGUACUUCUUCCUGUGCAACCUCUCCUUCCUGGAGAUCUGGUUCACCACGGCCUGUGUGCCCAAGACGCUGGACAUCUUCGCCUCUCGGGUUGGAGCCAUCUCCGUGGCAGGCUGUGCGGCGCAGAUGUACUUUGUCUUCUCGCUGGGUUGCACCGAGUACUUCCUGCUGGCCGCGAUGGCCUAUGACCGCUAUCUGGCCAUCUGCCUGCCGCUGUGCAUCAUGACGCCUGGCCUGGCGGCGUGGCUCGCGCUGGGCUCCUGACUGUGCGGCUUCUCCGCCAUCGCGGUACUCGCCGCGCUCAUCGCACGCCUCUCCUUCUGCAGCUCACGCGUCAUCAACCACUUCUUCUGCGACAUCGCGCCCUGGAUCGUGCUGUCCUGCACCGACACGCGGGUGGUGGAGCUGGCGUCCUUCAGCAUCGCCUUCUGUGUCAUCCUGGGCUCGUGCUGCGUCACGCUGGUCUCCUACAUCCACAUUAUCGUCACCAUCGUCAGGAUCCCUUCUACGCAGGGCCGGCACCGCGCUUUCUCCACCUGCUCAUCCCGUCUCUCGGUGGUGCUCAUCUGGUACGGCUCCACCAUCUUCCUGCAUGUGAGGACCUCGGUGGAGAGCUCCCUGGACCUGACCAAGGCUGUCACGGUGCUCAACACCAUCGUCACACCAGUGCUGAACCCCUUCAUAUACACUCUGUGGAACAGGGAUGUGAAGGAGGCUCUGCUAGGACCAUGA